GGACUUAAUACAACACAAGUUGUAUUGUAACCCCCGCUCCCCUCUCUCGCUCUGUGUGUGUGAUCGACUGUAGCAGCCGUUUUGUUUUGUUUUUUUGUUUUUACUCAAGGAGACCAAAGUUCUAGCGCGCACUGCGCCUUUUACGCACAACAGUGUCUCGUCUACCCGGGAGAUGCGCGCGGACUCGUGAGGGCUUCUCGGCGCGUCAGCAGCGGGGGCACCGAGUGAGCGACGAUGCGGGGCACGCAGCUGCUGCUCGGCUGCUUCCUAGUGGAGAUGAGGGCGUGCCGCGCGGAGGGCGAGCCGGGUCAGGCGCGCGACCAACUCACGCCGGCGGCCGGGUUCAACGACUCAGACGGAGGGGGGCGCGGGGUCACGGAGAGCCCCCACGUGGAGGACCGGUGCCGCGGCUACUACGACGUGAUGGGCCAGUGGGAUCCGCCGUUCCUGUGCCGGACGGCCGACUACGUGUACUGCUGCGGCAGCUGUGGCUUCAGGUUCUGCUGCUCGCUCAGGAGCUCCCGGCUGAACCAGACCAACUGUAAGAACAACGACACCCCGCCCUCGAUGAUGACGGGGAGACCCCCGCCGAAAGCGGACGUGGCGCUGGACGCCGCGAAGGAUAAAACCAACCUCGUCGCGUACGUGAUCUGCGGGGUCGUGGCCAUUGUGGCACUGGUGGGGAUUUUCACCAAGCUGGUUUUGGAAAAGACGCACCUUCCGCACCGGGGAAACAUGUCACGAGCUCUUGCACAUGUUAUCCGACAUCCUGCCUCAGAACAUACGGACGACAUUGGACUUGGCCAGCACUACGAGAACAUGCAGACCCGCGUCUCAGCCAACAGCCUCCAUAGCAACCAGAUGAACAACAUGGCUCAGGCAUCGACUCUGAUGACACAGCUGUACCCGGCCGUGGGGAGGAUUCCCAGCCCCUACGAACAGCACCAGCCUGUCAAGGACCCCAACAAGUACGCCACGCUGAAGGCUGUGGAGAACGACGGCUUCUACAGCAACCGGCAGCAGGUGAUGGCGAUGACAACCAAGGGAAGCCUCCCCACGGAGGCCGUGGACACGGAGCCGGAGCCGAGCAAUCCUUACAGCCCCCCCAGGCAGGUGUCCGCCAAGCAGGACGCACACAAAUACAAAAGCCCCAAGAGCCACAGCACCCAGUCGCUGUCCUACGGCCCGGCCGCCGCCGCCGCCGCAGCCGCCGCCGCAGCCGGGGGGCUGAGACCCUGGGGGAGCAGGGACGCGCUGGGGCUGCGGCAGGGCUACGGCCCCAAGAAACUCUGCAUCCUGGACGAGGAGCUGCACGCCGCCCGCUACAUGCCGCCACAACCGUACUUUGUGACCAACAGCAAGACGGAAGUGACAGUAUGAGGGACUUGAGGGACUGACAGGUAGACGUGUACUGUAACAGGAGUCCGUGUCACUCAGUGAUCCACGAGGAGGUUCACAGCGAUCAAAAUGUUGUCAUCGAUAAACGUAUAAUCCAGCGGCUAAAGCAAAACACAAAAGUUACACAACUCUCAUAUACCAGACAUGUGACACGUACAGUGCUAUCGCCAAUAGUAACGGAGAAAUUAUUGGACCUUAAGAUUUGUCUAAAUGCAACUCUGUAUGUAACCCUUACAACAAGACCACUUUCUCAAUGAGUUCGUCUGGAGACAAAUUUCAACCCUAACCCAUUGUGGAAACUUUGUAAAUUAAAACAAAAUGACAUCGUACUGUUUAAACAACAUGACCACUUGGUUACAUUUAGUAAAACAUCAUUGUUUGGCUUAAAAAAGGACUUUGCAAAUGUCAAAGUUCACUUUUGGUUUUCAUCCACCCACAACUCCUCUUUACAUUUCAUCCAACAAUAACUUACUCAAGUUUGUUUUCAAAUGCUGCACAACCGGAGACCCCCUAAGUUUAUCAUUCAUUCUUUCUAAAAAGAAUUAAAGGGGAAUCAACAUCAAGUGUUGACAAAAAAUGAUUUCAAUUUAAAUUUGUGAAUGCAACAUUACUUUUUUCACUAACCAAAUGCAUCCUACUGAUGGACACAUUCGUAGGAGCAGCAGCAGUGUUGAAGCGGUGUGGCGUUUGUGUAAUAGUGCCUCUCGUCAGUACCAGCAUGUGUGUGGUUGCCAGUAUCAUCGCAGUGAUUGGGCCCACUGGUCCAUUGAGCCCAACAAGAGAAGUCAUUUUCAGUGUGACGACGGAGGCUCAGAGUUCACAGCAAAAGUUAAAAACUCUCAGCUUUUAUAAAAAGAAAAUUUACAUGAUUCAAGUCUCACAUUGGUCGAAUGUAUCUGGGCCGGUCAGUCUGGAACCAGUGAAACCAGUGGAGCAGUAGCAGCAGCCGUGUCCAGUGUUGGGAAGUUAAAGCUUCGUGAGCUUCUGAUAGGCUGAAUGUAAAAAUGUCGUGAAGCAAAGUAAAAGGUUGUUCUCUGUUACUACUAAAAAAAAAAUGGGUGAACUAAAGACAUAUAAACCCGUUUUUGUCUAAUUGACAGGCGACACAUUUACCUGCUGCUGCUGCUGUUGUUGUUAAACAGAUCUGUUUCCACUUCUUAUUUCAGCUCGAGCAGAAGAAUUCAGUAGAAAAACAAGUCACGACGCACCUGAAAGACCAAUUGUUUUCAUAAAUAAUGUGAUUUUCCGGCCAGCCGACAUACAGUAAAAGAGGCCCCUUGCUGCCUGCAGGUCUUGCUCAUGCGGUUGGGGGGACGUGUAUGAACAGUCUGCUGUGGGAAGUGGAAACUGCUCGUGCAGCAUAAGAGCGCGUCUAUGUACUCAAGUCAAAAUCUCACAGACUUCCAGUCCAAACACACAAUAUGCACCGUUUUCCAAAACAUGUAGACGUACUGCACGGAACUGCUUGUGUUUCACCGUAGUAAGAAACGUGUUGUUCACACUAUUUAAACUUGAGUUUAUUCUUUGAGACGAUUUGUGUUCAUGUAAAAAAUGUUGUCUAAUACCAAUGAAGGAUUUUCUUUUGUCAAAAGAAGUGGUUUUAUUUUAAUUAUGUCCUCAAAGAUACUGCAAACACUGUUAUAAAGCUACACAAAAACUUAUUUACACACCAAGUUUUACUGUAAUAUUAUUAAUUAAUAUUAAUCUGAUUUGCAAUACAGAAGUGACAACACACAUUAACAGUUAUAUUUCAGUGAAGUUUAUAAUGCAAGCGCCUUGAUUACAGUUUUAAUACAGUUCACUAUCUAUUCUUUGCAUCACUGUUAGUUCAUUAACUGUUCUAAUCAUGUACAAUACAAAGUUACUAUGGUUACAAUGCCGUUUAAUAUAUUCACAGAGUUCACAUCCUCCAUCACGUUAUUGGAUAUUUACUUAUCUUUGACAUAUUUUCCAUUCAUUGUUUAUGCAGUAAAGAAGAUAACCUCCAUAUUGACAUUUUUGUUGUAUUGGAUUGUGUGAAAUAGCAUUGAAUCUAUGUGUUCCAGUCUGUUGUGGUGUUUUAAAAUGGUUUCAGUGCCGUCUGGAACAGCAAAUAUUUUUAAAAUGUGAAAAACCAACAAGACUGUCUAUUAGGACGAUACAAGACGUCUUAUUCCAUGUGUUAAAUAAACCAUCCAAGUGUAGAAAAUAGUCGUUGGCAACGAGCAACUUGAGCACAGCGUUGGUGGUUUUACCGUAAAACUAGUAGAGCUUUUAGGGUUUUGCAAUUGGUUCAACUGACCUCGUUCUUAUUCACUAAAAAGGAAAACAAACAUUUGUCUGGUGAUGGACGUCAGUGUGCAUUUUCUACAGGGGGAUGUUUUCUUUAACAUUGGUAGUUCUUCAUAAAACACUUCCUCUUGAUUACAACAUGGACCACGCGGCUCUCUCCUGUACAGCACGCUACAUUGUAUCAGUGUGCUACUUUAGAAUACAGUGAGGUGUCAUUAUACAGUCUACAUUAAAGCUAUUUAUAACAAAACUGUC